AUGAAGUUGGACACCAGAGCAAUGCGCCAUCUGGCGUCCGAGGACUGGAAAGUUCUCACAGGUGUCGAAGCAGGCAGCAGAAACCACGAAAUCGUGCCCACCCCCCUAAUAGAAAAACUAUCCCGCCUCCGAGGCGGCGCAAGCGGCGUCCACAGGAGCAUCUCUACCCUCGCCAAAGUCGGCCUCAUCGCUCGCGUCAAAGAGGCCAAAUACGACGGCUACCGCCUAACAUACGGAGGCCUCGACUACCUAGCACUACACACCCAUGCCAGCCGCAAAGACGUCUACAGCGUCGGUAACCGAAUCGGUGUCGGAAAGGAAAGCGACAUCAUGGUUGUCGCAGAUCACUCCGGCAAGCAGUGCGUGUUGAAGAUCCAUCGCCUGGGACGAAUUUCUUUCCGAACGGUCAAAUCCAACCGAGACUACCUGAAAAACAAGAACGCCCAAUCAUGGAUGUAUCUCUCAAGGCUCGCCGCCAUGAAAGAGUAUGCCUUUAUGAACGCACUUCACGAGGAAGGCUUCCCGGUGCCGUUACCCAUCGCACAAUCCAGACAUACCAUAGUCAUGUCCCUGAUAGACGCAUUCCCUCUCCGACAAAUAAGCGAAGUGCCCGACCCAGCCUCUCUCUACGCAGAACUCAUCUCACUCAUCCUCCGUCUGGCGAGCCACGGCCUAAUCCACGGCGAUUACAACGAAUUCAACAUCUUGAUCAAGGAGAUCAAAUCGGCAGCUGAGGAUGGCACAGAAUCUAUCAAGCUGGAACCAGUCAUCAUCGACUUUCCACAGAUGGUGUCUAUGGAGCAUGUGAAUGCUGAAAUGUACUUUGACCGAGAUGUCAACUGUAUCAAGCGCUUCUUUUUACGUCGAUUCCACUUCACUCCUACGCAGCCCGGGCCUUUCUUCAAAGACGCAAAGAAGACUGUCGGUAAGAAUGGACUCACGCGGCUAGACGCCACAGUAGAGGCAUCGGGGUUCACCAAGAAGAUGCUAAAGGAUCUCGAGGCUGCCAUGAAAAAGAAAGAGGCAGACCAAGAAAGGGAAGAGGGAGCAGAAGACGAAGAGGACGAGGACGACGAUGAAGACAGUGAAGAGGAGGAAGAGGACUCGGAAGUAGAUGAAGAUGAAGGAGAGGGGAGUGGCAGUGGACAGCAGGGCUUGCUAAGCGAUGGUCUGUCCAAGGGACUGUUGCAAGAGGAGCCAUCUAUAAGCAAAGUCAACAAGGAGAUGGCGGAGUUGGCAGUAUAA